AUGUCUGUAUCCACGAGGAACCCACCCCCUCGCCGGCGCUCUUUCGGUCCCGUCUCACCCAAGCGGAUCUAUCGAAACCUGUCAGUCAGGCUAAGGGGAGGAGAGCCAUCUGUGGACGGGGGAGCAGACACACCCAAGCGGCCUGGAAAAUCUGCAGAUGCAUAUAUGACCUUGUGGGAUGCGGUGGAGAAUGAAGACACCUUGGCUGUACAAAGUCUGCUCUCUCGAAUACAGAGCAACUGUGGAGGAGGUGGAGGAGGGAGUAUGUGGGAGAGAGGAGAAAAGAAAGACAGAGAUUGGGAGAAAGAGCGGGAGAAGGGGGUGAACAGAGUGAGUGAACAGGGCCUUGUCCCCUUGGAUGUGGCUGCUCUUACCCACAAUUCACCUCUGCUCCAUGUGCUGGCAAAGGCUGGCGCGAGGCACAACCCGAUUUUGUGCGGACCGGCAGAAUGGGCACAUAAGCUUGAUGAUCUUGUGGUGCUGGCGAAAGAAAGAGUGGAUGAGAGGAAGAAGGAGUUACUGAAGAAGGCCGGGGUAGGGUCCCACGCACAGGCUGAUGCCCAUAGACAACUCAGACUCUGGAGCCUUAGACUGCAACUAUACUACCGAAUGAAGGAGAAUUUCAACCACACAGAAAUCCCAAGUCCUCCCUGUCAAGUUUCCAUAGUGGUGACCAGCACAUCUUCUCUGUUUGUGGCAAUCAAAGAGCCAGAAGGGGACUGCAUGGGACUCAUCACAUGCUACAAGGUGGAAUGGAGCACCUCAGCAAGCUUCAAGCGCAUCCUUGGCUCAGCCCGUGUAACAGAGACCAAGAAUCCUUCCUAUAUUAUCAAGGGACUCAAUGCUGGAGUCCAUUACUUUGUCAGGGCGAGUGCCUAUAAUGUGAAAGGAUGGGGCCUACCUCAAAGUUCUGUUCCAGUAAGCGCUGCACCCUCCAGCUGGAGAGAGUGCAAUGGUGUGAAGUCACAGUACAGAAACCAUGAGGCCCUAGUGUGGAAAAUUCUGGAAGAUGCUGGAGAGCCUCAUAACAGAGGAUACUACAAAGAGAGCAAUAAAGCUCAGAGUCCCAACAUGCGUCUCUCGAUAUCUCGGGGCAUCAAACAACUGUUCCAGUCUGCUACCAAGUUUGUCCGUCUCUUACAAAGGGGCGUGUACUUGGCAACUGUGUUCUACCACAAGGAAAACGUUCUUGUGACAGCUGAAGAUCAACUCCCGCUGGUGGAGAUCCAGUGCUGCUCAACCACUCUCGCCCCCAACUUUGUUUGGUUCGCCAAGUUGUCCUGUGCAUGGCAGCAAGUGCCCUCCCUCCAACAAGCACUCUCCUCUGCUCAGUCAUCUUCCUCGUCCCUCCUACAGAACAGACACAAUAUUUUAAAAGCUGUUUCCCAACUGCAGUCUUCCCUAGGGACAAUGGACCUUGGUCAAGUGUACUAUGAACCACUCAAAGACAGACAAGGCAACAUUUUACUUGUAACAUUAAAGGAGUUCCCAAAUACUAGCAGCCCCCCCGAGCCGCCACUGCAAUGGAUGCCCCUGGCUCGCCUGGAGAAGAACCGUAGCAGAGCUCCCCUACUGCCUGAACCCACCGCCAUGGAUAUGCUCUAUGAACGCCUCAGGGAGAAGCUGGACUACCACAGGCGCCGCAAUCAUUGGGCCAAAUCAGGCCUCUAUGUCGGCAUCCUAAAACUAUGGAGCUCCGUGGAACACAUCAGGGUUUUGGUACCUCAAAGGCUUCCCAAUUUACUCUGCCAUGCAAGGGUCAGACACAAUGCUCACGUCACGAGAGAAGAGUGGGCAUGGCUCCAGAAUAAUGUUUAUGAAACAACCACUGACGGUAUUCAGAACCUACUGGGCAGCAAGGAUGACAGCUUGGUGGAAAACAGCAGCCUGGUGGAAUUCAUCAGGCCUCUGAGAGCGGCCGUCUCACAUCUUCUGACAAAGCUCAACAUUCCCCUCUACAGGGCCUAUCAGUAUGGGGUAUACACCAGAGAACUGCUUCAGUUCGGAGACAAAGUUUCCAUGCUGCUGCUUCUUCCUCCGAGUGAAGACUUUAGCUCCAGCUACUGGCCUCUGCUCGGAACCAAAGAGCCCGGCCUGACGAUGCCCCUGCAGAUCUUUGAGCUGGUUCACCUCUGGACAUAUGAACGGGAUUUCUUGACCCACUACUGCCAGGCGUGGGUGAGGUUGGAGCUGGACACUCACCUGGCUCAGCAGGCUCUGCGCGAGGCGCUGGACACACGGGAAGUGCAGGUGGCCCGCGACCGUCUGAACCGUGUCACUGAGAUUUCACAUCGUUUGGAUGUCGUGUGGCGGGAUGCCCGCUGGAUUAUGGACUGUCUGCAGUGCGUUCGGUCCAAGCAGUGGGUGGGAGCGGUGCCUCUUGGGUUGGUGAUGGGAGGAGACCCGCCGCCAUGUCCCGAGGCUGAGGAAGAGGAAGAAAGGUUGACAGCCAGACUGAUGUGGCCCCAUCGGUUACAGUCAAAAAGGGCCGCCACAGACAGUUUCGUCAGCACGAUUGCGCCAAACGUUGUCACGGCCGAGGUCUCCUCUACAUCAGGAAACAUGGUUGCCGUUGAGGAGGCCACAGCGGUGUUAAUGGAAGGCGUUGCCAAGGGGGGGUACCCUGUAGACAUCAGUCCCCAAUCAACUGUGGAUAUAACAAGCAUCGGCCUAUCAGAACUGGGAUGUGCAAACACUUUAAUCGAAUCUGGACUCGAGUCUGCUGCUGUCCGAGAGUUGGAAGUGGGGUUUUCGGCUUUGAAUGCAUCAGAGUCCUUCGGGGGGACAGAUCACUUUCCUGCCAGCAUCUCUGAGGUCAUCCGGCCCAUGGAGAUGGCAGAAUUAGUGGAUAUUUUGCCCACACUGAGUCUUAUUGAAGAGGAGACCCCAACUAAUCCUUCUGCGCCGUCAGUGAUGGAUGUAUUUCAAAGCUUUGGACUGGGGAUUGGUGAAAAGGGCAGCUGCUUCGAGUCAGGGAAUUCCCAUUUGACGCAUGGAGCCGUGUGUGGGACGGAACCAAUCCUUUAUCCUAAUAAAAGCAUCGAUGUGACCGACACAAACUCAAACCGUGCUCUUCUAAUUGAACAAGACAUGCUGGGCCCACACACGGCAGUGUGUAACACAGAAAGCACCCCAGAAGAUGAGAUAUCCCUGCAGGUCUCCGCUAGGGGACUGAAUUUUCCGGUGAGGAACCAGGCGGAGUGGGACAAACCAUUUAACAGCUCGUUGUGAUAAAAUGUCAAAGAAAAAAUGACUUCACUAUUUUAUGCAGCUGCAGGUCAGCUAAUCUAUCACACCUACUUUGUUUGGAUCCAAUUGCACAUAUUAAUUGUAAAAGUGAAACUUGCAUCUUUAUUGUACAUGUUUCAUAAUUACGGGUGUUAGUCAAUAAAACCUAUUGUACUGUAUGGUCCAUAUUCUGGAUGUAUCAGAAUAUUUAUGUUGCCUUUAUGGCCAUCUUGAAUUCCCAAACAAACAAUUGCUGUCAAUUAAUUCCACUAAAAUAAACAAUAAAAAGAAAAUCAAUCCAAUCCGGUUCAUUCUUGAACCCAAAAU